AUGAAUGAACUCGUGCAAAAACUGCGUGUACGUCUUAGUGAAAAACUUCCGGAAGAUCUAAAUACGGACUUUCAAUUGCAACGUUGGAUUGACGCAUAUGAACAGGAUCUGGAAACAUGUGUAGUUAAAUUUGAGGAAUAUUUGGAAACUCGCAGAAUGCUUGGGUACAGUAAUCCAGAAAGUACUGAAGAUUUUUACCAGCAACCGUUGAUUCGAAAAUAUGGCCGCUUUCUAACGCAAACUAAAAUAACAAGACAUUGGAUUAAAGAUUUGGAUAAUGGCAUAGUAUUCGUGGAAAUGCCUAUCGAAAAUCCUCAAAAGUUUUUGAAAGCUGUUCGUGUUUCCGACUAUUUGCAUACAUUUUUCGGUUUUUGUGAACAUUUUCAAAAUUUGGUUUUGGAAAAUGAAAAGAAAACUGGUCGUCGAUCGUAUACCAUUUGUAUAUUUGAUCAAAAAGGAUGUUCAUUUCUACCCUACAUGAAUCCUCUUGGAACGAUGAACAAACUUAUGCUGUAUCGAAUUCAUUUGUGGAUGGAUUACUACAGUGAAUUGUUGAAACGUAUUAUUAUCGUUAAUUCGCCAACAUUUUUUCCCGCUCUACGAAAGGUGAUGACAGCGUUACUUCCUCCAAGAACACUCAGUCGUUUCACUAUUGCCAGAAACUUACCCAAUGAUUUGUUACCAUAUUUAUCAAUUGACUCCAUUCCGGUAGCUUAUGGCGGAAAACUUUCCGUACCGAAUGCACUUGAUAACACAUGUGUGCCCGCUGAGCCAAUUACACCGAUCGACUAUCAGGAAAGCGGACAAAUAUGGCGAAGAAAUUCAGUGCAUGCCAUAUCGGAAGUUUUGACAGUGAAAGGCGGUAGUGUCUAUCGUAAAGCAUUCAGAGUUGUUUGUGGCCAGGUUUUGCUAUAUGAAUACUUUGCCAGUGGUGAUCUAAAAUUCUGGAUCUGUCAAGGUGAUGAAAUGGUGACACCGAAAUUUGUGCACACAACAUUAAAACUUACGGAAGAAGGGGAAGUGAAUGCAAAUGCAAAUGGUAUACUAUCAAUAAAUAUAUUAAAUCGAAGUGAAUUCUUUUCACUGAAAGUAAAUUUAUCCUAUGCUAUUGUAUAA